UGCAAGCUUGAACCGAAGAGUGCAUUUAGAAAUUUCACGACAAUCCAUGUUUACGAAUCGAAACGUCGAUAAAUAAAGACUUUUAUCAAGACAUAGAAAGUGUAAAGUGAUAUCCACUAGGAAGAGUGACAAAAAUAAUGUGUCCCGCACAUGUUUGUUUACGCGUGUCACGAUGAGGCGUCCAAAAUAGAUUCUUUUCUUAGGCAUCUGAUUUGACCCCGUUGAAGUUUAUAUCGGCCGAUACAGAAACGUCGCAACGUAAAGGAGAAGAUAGGUAAUGAGUGAAGUGAGGAAGGAAGAAAAGAAUGUCCUUACCCUAAAAAUCCCUACAAUAAAAGCAGAAUCCGAGACACAAACCAGUGGUCAAUUAGUUUCAAAAUCUCCUGAUAAAAAAGAACCCGACGAAAUGGACACUGAACAGAAACAGCAAAUGUCAAUCAGAAAACGUAGAAACUUAUCAAAAAAUAGAACUCAAGCGGCAAGACAAAGAGAGAAGACUCCAGAACCUGGCAGAACGCUUGUACCACAUGAAGACACAACUACAUCCGAUGAUGAAGAUUUUAAACCACAGCGAAAUUCAAGAGAAAUUGAAGCGGAUAAAACGUAUGAAGAAAUGCGGCGCAUGGUUCAAGAAAAAUGUAAUGUUAAAGAUCCUGUUUACGAUUUGAACACAGAAGAAGUUUUAGAAGCUAGGGCUAUGGCUGCUAAUGAAAGGAGACGAAGAAGUGUUUCACCGUUCGCAAUUCCCGAUAAAGAAGAACUUGUGCUAUUACAAAGAAAAGGAAGUUUUAUUGAUCCAACAAAUAAACUGUUAAGUACGAAUUACACUUUAAAUCUCAAAGAUGAAGAACCUACUCGACGUAAUUCUCUUACUAUCGAGUCACCUAAAGAAAGACGAAAUUCUUUGUCACCUCCUUUAUCAAGCAGCGGAUUACCAAAAGAAAGUGAAUUUAAUUUCCCAAUGCCAACUACUCCUAAAAAGUUAGAAGAAAUGGUAUACCCAGAUGAAAAAAAGUCAGAUGACUCAGAGAAAAAAUCUAAAACUCCAGUGAAAAAUGAACAAGUCUUCAGUUUCGACGAGAAAGAUAUUAAACAAAAUAAUAAAGUUACAACACCAAAAACACCAGAAACACCAGCUCCGGCUCCUGGUGAACUUGUAACAAAGGUUAUAGCUAUUGAAAGAACCCCAAGCAAGAAAUUAAUUCCGGAAAAGAAGCCAGUAGUUGAAGUGCGGGAGCGUAUUGUUAGAACUCCUAGCAGAAAGAUGUCAACAGAUAUAAAGCCGGUUAUUAAUAAACAACAACCACAAAAGCAAACUAGAGAAGAACAACAAAGUAAAGUGCCUCCCGUGAAACCAGCGAGAAGUAAAUCAGCAACUAGAUUUGGGAGUAAAACUAGUGAGAGUGAGAUGAGUGAGGAUCAGGCAAUUCUUCAGAAUACGAAUGUCGCUGGAACGAGGCGCAAAGCAGUACCUACUCCAAGAAGAUUUGUCAGAAGUAGAUCUCCAAGAGCAAAUAGGUCUCAAUCCGUUAAUCGAGCAGAUUUAGUUCAAGUCAUAGAUAAAACAGGUACAGGUAUGAGUCAAACAAGCCGAGAAAUAAUCGAAUUGAUGCAAAAAGCUCGAGCGCGAAGUCUUUCAAUACCAAAAGAUGAUCCUCGGCUUCCAUCAGAGUACAAAAAUUAUAAUAAAAAUUUACAAACACCAACUAAAACCCCAUCAACGCCGAGGCAUGCUCGAGGUAUUUCAUGCCCUAAAACUAUUCAAAUUAUAAGCGAUAAAGAAAUUUUAUCAGGAUUAAAUGUCAGUCAAAAACAAGCAACAAAACCUCAAAAACCUGCAAGAAGAAGGAGAAGUUCUGGAUAUAUAGAUGCAAGUCAAUCUGAAUAUACAUCAAGUUGUUAUUCAACAUCACCAAGUGAAAAUGAAUUCGAUUUUGAUUUAUCAGAAAGAACGGCUGAAUUGACUCGGAAGUUAAAUAUUUUAAGCCAAGAAGCAGAUCAGCGAGAAACUCUUAGUAAUAUACUUCUUUCAAAAGAUAGUUAUGACACUGUACUAAAAGAUGAUCAGAUUGAACCAAAGUCUAGUCUUAGAAAGCGAUCUAUUGUAGAUAAUAAAAACGGGGUAAUGAAAGAAAGCAAAGACAUGGAAAAAGGAGAUCUUAAAAAAAUUAAAUCAAAAUCAGUUGAUAAAAAUAAACCCAUUAAAAGUAGAUGGAAAUUAAUAUCGAAUUGGCAGGAAUUCAGACAAGAAUACGAGCAAGAUUACAUUAAAAUAAAGUUACAAUGUAACAGAUGUAUAUGUGAUUUACUGUUGUUAAUAAUAAUGUGUGGUUUAGGGGGCAUGAUGUUCAAGUCUUUGGAAGGAUCAUUUGAAAACGCUUAUAAGUGUGGAACUAGGGGUGUGAAAAGAGAUUUCAUUGAGAGUUUGUGGAGGGGCAGCCACUAUAUGAAGGAAGAGGAUUGGAAAUCAAUGGCUAGGAAAAAGUUGUAUGAAUUUGAGGAGCAGCUGCAUACUGCACACGAGGCGGGAGUGACGUCAUAUAGCGGACAGAGAUCCUGGAAUUUCAUGAACUCUUUUGUUUAUUGCUUGACGUUAAUUACAACUGUUGGAUACGGUCACAUAUCUCCAAAGACGACGUACGGGCGCGCCGCCACCAUAGUCUACGCUAUCGUUGGAAUCCCACUCUUCCUUAUAGUCCUGGCUGAUUUCGGUAAACUCUUCACUAGGAUCAUCAAGUUCUUCUGGGCGUUCAUAAGGAGGUUCUAUUAUACGAGAAGCUGCAGGAAGGUCAGAAGAACAGCGCCAGUACAGGAAGUAAUGAAAGGACUGAACAUCGUCUACGACGUCGUAAGAAGACCUUCUCAGAUCUUCUCAGAAGAGGAAUUGGAAGUUAAAACAGGAGAGACUCCUCCUGUAGUUCAGAGAAAACCAAGUGAUGUCCCUCCGCCCCUUCCCCCUAAACCUGGCCAAGUUGUCCAAAUCAAAGAUAUAGAAAACGAAACGGAUCCUGACACACCAGCGCCUUCAUUGUAUGAAAUAGAUGAUGAGUUCAACCUGCCAAUUUCAGUAGCCAUCUUUAUUCUAGUCGUGUAUUUAAUUAUAGGUGCCGUCGGCUACAACAUGUGGGAAACUUGGAGUUUCUUCGAGUCAUUUUAUUUUGUAUUCAUAUCAAUGUCUACCAUAGGACUUGGCGAUUUAGUUCCUGAUCAUCCAAUGUUCAUGAUGGCUUCCAUUUUCUAUUUAGUCUUUGGAUUGGCUUUAACAUCUAUGUGCAUUAAUGUCGUGCAAGUUAAAUUGUCAAAUACAUUUAAGCAGGCCAGUGCUAAGUUAGGAGCGACUAUAGGUUUGAAAGUUUCUGAAGAUGACGGUAGCUUAGUGCCGAUGACUCCACCGCCGACUGAAAUAGUUCCGGUUCACAAACCUAGGAAUGACACAGAAGAUAAAAAUAAAGAAAGUAAAGUAAAAGAUGAAAAUGAUGAUCCAAAAAAUAGAUAAGGUUCUUAAGUUUUUUUGAUGCAGGCAGAAAAACAAAAUACUUAAGGUAACACAUUAUUUGUACCAUUUAUAAAUGUACGACUAAUUGACAAGAUAGAUAUAGUAAAGUGAUAACGUUAUGCUAGUCAUUGAUUUAGUGAGUAAUUUUUGUACGAUUGUGAUAAAAUUGUGUUUGAGAUGAGAUAAAUAAUGUUUUCAUAUUGAAUAUUUCGCUUUACGGCUGUAUAUGACUAUUCUUCAGUUUAUGGGCAAUAAAGAUAAUUUGUAUUGUAUUCGUAUUACGUUGUAUUUGUAUUAUGUUCUACAGCUGAAAUUCGAUUUUUAAUGGGAAUAAUGUAAUAAAAGAGCAGAGUCACUUACACGGGCAUAAAUAUAUCGAGUUUUUUUAAUGCUGACUCCAUCAAAUCGUGCAUUCAUAAUCGGAGCGUAACAAUGUGGUAAAAUUGACGAAGUGUCAUAAAUUAUUGACUAAAAUAUAGUGAAUUCAUCAGAGCCUACAAUUUAGUAGAAGAAAUUUUUAAAGUUUUUCUGCCUGUCAUAGAAUUAAACUUCAUAGUUUAGUAGUGAAUUGGUGCUAAUUAUAUAACCUCGCGUUAUAGGUGAUAUUGUUACUAAUUUUAUGGAAAUUAUGUUUUCUACUUUUAUCGUU